AUGACCUGGAGGAAAGAUGGACGAGAAGUACUGCGUACCAACAAACUCUACAAAACCUACUUGACUGGAGAUGGCGAAAGUCAUCUGCUUGUCGAGUGUGCUGUCUCAAAAACUAGUGGAAUCUUUACCUGUGUUGCUCAUAAUAUACAUGGUGACGCUGAAACUGAGACACAAAUUAUCGUCCACCGUGGAAAGACAGUCGUACAAACUGCAGAAAAGCCAACAUUUACGCAAGAUCUUAAAGAUCUUGGCGUUGUAACUGGGCAUCCUGUUACACUUACUUGCAAGGUAGCCGAGCUAAAGGCCGACUGUGUUCUCAGAGACCAACAGGGCACUUACCAAUGUGUGGCCACCAAUGAACACGGUCAAGCCAGUACACAAUGCUAUCUUCUUAUUGGAGAGCUCACUGAUGAAAGAGCCGGUCCCCCACGUUUCUUGCGAUGCCUUGGUGAUAUUUGGACACCGCUGGGCGAGGAGGUCGUGUUUGAAGUUGAAGCAGCUGGUUAUCCUGCUCCAGAUCUUAUUUGGUACCAUCAGGAUAAACGAGUAAUAGAAGGAAAGAACGCCAAGGUAGGUGUUACAGUAUAUAUUUAUAUUUUUUGACA